AUGGACAGUGGAGCCCAAAUCAGCGUUAUUCCCACAACCGCAGAUGAUCAUCGUAUCCCUAGCCCUGGUCGUCACUUCAAAGCAGUCAGCUGUUCCCCUUUUCCUACUGUUGGUACUCGGUCCCUUAACUUGAACAUUGGCCUUCGUCGGUCAUUCAGUUGGAUGCUUGUCAUAGCUGAUGUCCGUCAUGCAAUCCUCGGCUCGGACUUUCUUGCCGAGUUCGAUCUCCCUAUUGACUGCCGACGUGCCCGUCUCCUCGACCGCACAACCUGUCUGUUUGUUCGUGGACUGACUCCCUUUACUGCUCCCAUCAACCUAUCUGUCUUGGAUACGGAUACUGCUAUUCCUUUUCGGCAAUUGCUUCUUAGUCACUCCAAAAUAAUUAAACCCCAUUUCCGCAGUGGUGAGGUCCAAAAUGAUAUUGUGCAUCGUAUUCGCACCUCGGCUCCUCCUGUGUUUACUCAGCCGAGACGACUAGCACCGGAGCGUUUGCAGGCAGCGAAAGCGGAGUUUGAACACAUGCUGCAACUGGGAAUAAUUCGACCGUCCGAGAGCAAUUGGGCGUCCCCACUGCACAUGGUGCCCAAGGCAACAUCAGGCGACUGGCGACCCUGUGGCGACUAUUGA